UCUCCUUAACGGCCUCUUCCCACGUGGUUCGAGCACGUCAGCAUGCUGGUCAUUCUGCUGAACUGCGUCACCCUGGGCAUGCUCCAGCCCUGCGAGGACGUGGAGUGCCAGUCGGAGCGCUGCACCAUCCUGGAGGCAUUUGACGACUUCAUUUUCGCUUUCUUUGCGGUGGAGAUGGUCAUCAAGAUGGUGGCUCUGGGGAUCUUCGGGCAGAAGUGUUACCUUGGAGACACGUGGAAUCGCCUGGACUUCUUCAUCGUGAUGGCGGGCAUGAUGGAGUACUCCCUGGACGGCCACAACGUCAGCCUGUCUGCCAUCCGCACCGUCCGCGUCCUCAGGCCGCUGCGAGCCAUUAACAGGGUCCCAAGUAUGCGAAUACUCGUCACCCUGCUGUUAGAUACUCUGCCUAUGUUAGGCAACGUCCUCCUCUUGUGCUUCUUCGUCUUCUUCAUCUUUGGGAUCGUCGGCGUGCAGCUCUGGGCAGGGCUGCUGAGGAACAGGUGUUUCCUAGACAGGAACUUUGCCAUGACAUACAACCUCACCUUCCUGCAUCCGUACUACCGGACAGACGAAGCGGAGGAGAAUCCCUUCAUCUGCUCGUCCCAUCGUGAAAACGGCAUGCAGAAAUGCUCCAACAUCCCAAACAGGAAGGAGUACAAGGUGGAGUGCACUUUGAGCAUGGACUCCUACACUCCGAGUUUAUGCAUGGCAGGGGAUGUAAACCCACACAACGGAGCUAUCAAUUUUGAUAAUAUUGGCUAUGCCUGGAUAGCUAUCUUUCAGGUUAUAACCCUGGAAGGAUGGGUUGACAUCAUGUAUUAUGUGAUGGAUGCACAUUCUUUUUACAAUUUUAUAUAUUUUAUAUUGCUUAUAAUAGUUGGUUCCUUCUUCAUGAUUAACUUGUGCCUGGUUGUGAUAGCAACACAGUUUUCUGAAACAAAGCAACGGGAGAACCAGCUGAUGCAGGAGCAGCGGGCCCGUUAUCUCUCCAAUGACAGCACAAUUGCCAGCUUCUCAGAGCCAGGUAGCUGCUACGAGGAGCUGCUCAAAUACAUCUGCCACAUCUUCAGGAAGGUGAAGCGGCGGACGAUACGGCUCUACAACAACUGGCAGAGCAAGCGCCGGAAAAAAGUGAACCCCAACAGCACCACGAACGGGCAAAGCCGCCGAGGCAGGAAGCGCAUCACCUCCAUCCACCACCUCAUCCACCACCACCACCACCACCACCACCACUACCACAUCAGCAACGGCAGCCCGCGCGGGCCGCGCUCCAACCCGGAGAUCUGUGACCUGGAACUCAAGGUCAUGAAACCCGGAGGCCAACUGAUGCUUCCGCCUCCGUCGCCCAGCUUGCAGAGCCCUGCUCCUCCUCCGGAUUCGGAGUCUGUGCACAGCAUUUACCAUGCUGACUGUCACAUUGAAGGGCCACAGGUGAACUGUAAGUCUUCCAAUGCCCCUGCGAGCAUUAAGUUGACCACUGGACUCUCCAACCAUGGCAACAUGAACUAUCCUACCAUCCUGCCUUCUCCAACUAGCAAAGCCAGUUCUGUUCCAGUUCCCAAAGGAAAGAAGAAUGGUAAUUCCCCUGUGGCCAUGGUUAAUAGCCCAGUAAAUCUGGGCACGGAUCCUUAUGGGAAGCUGCAACAACUGGUAGGAGAGCAUGGUCUGCGGCGGACGCCCAGCCGACUCUCGGGGCUGAGCGCGGCCUGCCCGCUGCCCGGACCCGCCGGCAGCACGCUGACCUGCGAGCUCCAGAACUGCCCCUUCUGCGCCACCAUCCUGGAGGACCCCGAGUUCGCCUUCAGCGAGUCCGACAGCUACGACUCGGACAGCAACAACGGCGUCUACGAGUUCACGCAGGACCUGCGGCACGGCGACCAGCGCGACCAGCUCCAGCAGCAGCAGCAGCGAGGCCGGCGGAGGAGGAAGAAGAAGCCCAAGGAGAGGAACAGGGUCACCCAGCUCUGGAAAGCCUUCGGCACCAAGCUGAAAAGGAUCGUGGAGAGCAAGUACUUCAACCGCGGGAUCAUGAUCGCCAUCCUGAUCAACACGCUGAGCAUGGGCAUCGAGUACCACGAGCAG